GGAAUCGAGAAGUCCAUACCAUCCUCACAACCACAAUCUGGUACAAAUCCCAAGGCAUCGUCACAUACGGCACCCGCUAAAAAAAAGAGCUUGUUUGCACUUGACUUCGAGAAGCGCCGUGCCAAUGCUAUGGGACAGGGCGUAGUGCACAGUGGUAGGUUUGUGUAUAUGCAUAGACGCCUUGUCGAUUAA